AUGACGGCCUGGACAGACGAUGAGUACAUGAAUGCGCAGGGCGCAGCCUCGCUGCCUCCACGAGAAUAUGUUCCUUACAGAACUCCGUCGACUAAAUCAAGAAAGUCACGACGUUCGGCACGCUCAACCACUCCCCCAGCGAAGAAGAAGAUAUCGCCGUCUAGGAAUGGAAACGCCUCCAAACGUUCAUCAAGAGAUAUAACAACCGAUGAGCAAAUAAGUAUCCUCGACCCAAGGCGCUUCACCCCUACUCUGCACGCCAACUUGGUGUCUGAAAUUUUGUCACUACGAAGAGAUCAGGAAGAGAAAACCAGAGUAAUUGAGAGCCUCGAAAGCACGCUCCAGACAAGCAGAGAGGAGCAAGAGGCGUUACAGAACAGUAUCAACGCAUCGGCCAAAGAGACACGCUCGCUACAGCGACAGUUAUCUUUACUAGAAGGUGGAACUUCCUCGGCCUUGGGCGACCUUUCGCGAGAAAGGGAUGAAGCUGUUGACUCUGCAGCCGAUGUUAAGAAGCGCUUAGAGGCUGCUCAGAAGAAGAUUCGCAGCCAAGAGGAAGACUCCCAGCGAGUUCAUGAUUCAUGGGCUGAAGAAAAAGAGAUCUGGGAAGACGAAAAACGCAAAUAUGAGCGGCGAAUUCAUGUGGCCGAAAGCCGCCUCAAAAUAGUGCUUGAUGAGGUAGAGGCCUAUCAGGCUAAUCACGUACAGGGAGCUGCUCAGCAGGGCAAUGGGCACGAGAGUGAAGGUGAAGACAGCGGUAGAGAAAACGAUGUGGCUAGUGUCAGAACAAUGAGCCUUACGAGCAGCAUUCGAUAUUCUUUGGCCAACGGACCCGGAUUUUCUCUCAACGGAUUCUCCCUGGCAGAUGAGCUCAAGUUCGACGAUACUGACGACCAGACCGAUAUUGACGGACGUGAGAGUGUCUUCUCGAGCCCACGAGUCGCGAGCCCACGACAACAUCGACGAACAUUUAGUCGCGAGAGCGCUGUUAGCAAGUUCCACCGGAAGAAUAAGAGCAUUGAUAGCUUGAAGCGUACUGGUAGCAUCGCACGUGGUAGGGUUUUCAUGAACCAGUCGGUUCUAGAGGCGCUCGAAGGCGAAGAUGAAGAAACAGAAGGAGAAGAUUCUCGAAUUCAGUACUCUCCUAUUUCUGAACACUCAUACGCCGAUACGGGAGCUCAGUAUUCUGCACCGCCUUCCCCUGUAUUGGAGGUUGUCGAGCCUGUCGAGCUGGAGUCUGCUAUUUCAGAAGUAGUUGAAAAGAAGCCGGAGCCAAAGACUCCUCCCCGUUCAUCCGAAGUCGAAGCAAAUCAGAGAAAGAAGCGUGUUAGCCUACCUCUUACCAUCGAAACACCCGCUAUUCUCCAGCGCAUGGUAUCAUCCGCUUCCCAAACAGUUGAAAUUCCUUUGACGCCCCCAAAGACGCCAAACUCGCUGCACGCCGUUCCCGAAUCUUCGCCUGUCGAAGUCAAAACGCCAAAGGUUGAGCCAAAGAUGGUAGCUUCGUCUACACAGACUGAGGCUCCUGCUCCUGCUGCUGUAGCAGCACCACCUAUACCGCUACCACCAAUAGAUACACGGAUUCCGAGUAUCAGUAUCCAGCCACCAACUAGUCGGCCUGCAUCGCCGCACACACCCAAGCUACCCCAAUAUUUCAAAGACAUCGGCUGCCAGGUUAAUAUCCCUAUUAAAGUGGAUACAGUUGAUUCAUGCUCCCAGACGGAGGCAAUCCAAGUUGACAAGAGGCGGCUGGCCAAUCUACCAGCACAUCUUCAGCCCUCUUCUAUCACCUCUCGGCCUACAUCCCCUCAUCCAUCGGGCGUUGCUGUUCUCGACAAGAGUGCUCUUCCUGGUAAUGUACCUCCUCGAAAUCCUCGACGAUUGGAAAGCAGCCGGUACAGUACCGAACUUCCAUCUUCCCCCAUCAGUAUCUCGAUGGAUGGCCCAGAUGUACACGAGUUCAAUGACGAUCUUCUCCUGUCCAACCCGCACGCUCCGAUAAUACCGCCUCGUCGAUUCAGCAGCCUCUUUUCCGGCUUUUACACUGAUUCAGAUGAGGUUGACGAGUUUGGAGAACUGGACUUUAGUGACUCUGAGUACCGAACAGCUUUGACGGCACCUAGGCCUCCAUCCAACUUGAGCCGAACGGGCAAGCGAAGUUCUGUGGGUACAGUGGCGACCUCACCGGAUCAGCAUUCCAAACGCUCUGGCAGGACGUCUGCAAGGUCAGUGAGGAGUGACCUGUAUAGUGUUGAAGAAGAUGGUCUUAGAUCCGGCAGGUCGAGCAGGGCCACGGAGAAGUCACCUGUGCCUGCUGCAAGCACAUCGAACCGUAACAACAACGCUAUACGCAAUGCUACCAUGGUUCAGACUGGUAUGGUCAACUAUCCUACCAUUGUUGAGCCUAAGAAUCCACCACCGUUCCCUAUACCAGCCCGAGCGAGUUCACGGCGGCCUUCACGGCAGCCAUCUAUCAGCACCAGCAUUCCAAGUGAUGGACGCAGCACUCCAUCAAACACUAGCUGGCAUCGUCGAAGCGGCAGCCGUACUUAUCCUGUCAAUAACGUUCGCCGUGUCCGCUCUGCAAAUCAGCUGCCACCCCAUGAACGCCACCAGAGGACAGGUAGUCGCACACCACCAUUGUCGCCAUCUACUGAAGCUCCUGACAGCCCUGGUCUCCCUCCCCUGCCUCGAAAUGACAUUACUACGCCGCGUAGGGGCGAAGACAGCAGCUAUAGAAAACAUCGCCACCAAUUAUCCAACAACACAGUCGUGACUGCCAACACAGAAGCCCCGUCACACACGAGCUCACAAUCACCGGGAGUGGUGGAUGCGAUUGCGCAGACCAUGGUUGGCGAAUGGAUGUUCAAAUAUGUUCGCAGGCGGAAAUCGUUUGGUGUUGGAGAUAGUGCGCAUAAAGACGAAAACAGCAACGAUAGGCACAAGCGAUGGGUUUGGAUAGCGCCGUAUGAGAGAGCCAUUCUGUGGAGCAGCAAGCAACCGUCUUCUGGUAGUGCUCUGUUGGGGAAAACGGGUCGCAAGCUGGCUAUCCAGUCGGUGCUCGACGUUAAAGACGACAAUCCAUCGCCCAGGGGCAUUACUACACCCAUCUUUAACAGAUCAAUCUUGAUUCUCACACCGCAGAGAGCCCUCAAAUUCACAGCUUCCACAGCGGAGAGACACUAUCUCUGGCUGACAGCUUUAUCCUUCCUCGCCCAUUCUUACCAAGCAGUCCCUGACGUUAUAACUCCUCAGCCACAGCAACACCUUUCAGUUAAACAGCGGCCUCUUCCGAAUUUUGAACCACCACGACCUACCAAGCUGACAAGAGGCGGGAUCCGAGAUUCCAUUCGGCUAGCUAAAGGUCGGGCCGUUGCGCCAAAGGCCGAGCUGGCGAGCAUGCCCAGCAUUCCUGAUGUUCCGACAUUGAGAAUGGGUGAUGUAGCCAGCUUUCGAGUGGCAGAAUCCGUAUCCGGGCCUGGACACGCCAGGGAAGAAUCUGUGGACCCUGCCCAGCCACCCAUGAUACGUCGCUUCAAUAACGAGCGUACAGGCCAUAACCAGACGAACCACGGCCGCAAGCGAAGCAAUACGGGAGGCAAUGUUCACCCGCCGCUAUCCUUCCGAGGCUUCUCACCAGCUCUGGGUGAGAGCAGCCACCACUCUACAAACAGCACAGCCGGUGCUAGUAUUGAUACUGCUGGCUCUUCUGAUAUCUACGCCUCUCAGGGCUCUACCAUUGGGAGCUGGGGUAUAGCUCAAUCAUCCGUGUCGGCAGUAUCGUCACAAGGCAACUUCUUUGACGCAAUCGGGACUGUGCGAAUGGAAGCAUUCAUCAGCCCUCAUACUCACCAACAGUACGAUGAAUACCCAGAGGAUGACCAUAGAUCGCUUGCACGGAAGAAGAGCAAGGAAUUUCGCCGACGUACGAGCCGGCAUCGACGUCGAGCCCAAAUGUCUAGAAGCGCGCGAGGAUCUGAUGAAUUCUUUGCCGGCAAUAAGACAGCGGGAGAGGAAGACUUUUUUCAAGACGAUCCCUUCAGCGGGUUUUAA